AUGUGCUUUGACGAUGAGGGGCUCAGCCCCCUCGAAAAAAUAUACCUAUUUUCCCGCAGCCAAGCCGUCUUUCACAAGGUGUACAUCGCUCAUGAGCUGCCGUCAAUCCUGCCUCAAGUGACGCCCCUCGAGGCUGUGGAGUAUGUCCUGCCCCUACUCAACGGUCUCGCUACGGACGAAGAUGAAGCCGUCAAAGAGGCUCUUGCCUCGCAGCUUGUCCCGAUCAUCCUUUGGUUUACCUCGGUCCGUCCUUCUCCCUUGUUACCUGCCCACGCGAGCCCUGACACGCGCCGUCGCUCGUUCUCACAGAAUUGUCGCCUCACGCCCGACGAAUUCCCUGAUCUGGCGGCCGAGCCUACCCCGCUCCCCGUGCAGUCGUUCACGCCGAUCAUAGGCACUCUUCUACUUGCACGCAGCGUGCCCGUAGGCGCAGCGGCACGCUUCGCCGUUGUAGAUAUCCUCCGACGCGUGCGGGAGGCGCCUGAACCCGGGCGACAGACGUUGUUCGGCGACGCGGAGCGCCGCCUCCUGGAGCAGGAGAUUUUGCACCAGGUCGUCAUCGGUAUCGGGCGACUGGACAUACUCGACGAGGGAGAGGGGGACGAGCCGAUGGCCGAUGCGGAGCAGAGUGGAGGAUGGGUCGACGAGGAGCAGGCGUUCUCGAUGCCUCCCGCGCCAGACUCCUCUGCAUUGAUUCCACCGUUGAAUCUUUUCUCUCCGCCACUCCCACCUCCUUCUGACCCCCUUCCAGCCUUCCCCCCUCCUUUGGACUGGUCCUCGUCCUCUGAAGACGCGAUAUCCUCUCACCCGCCUCCGUCUAUCGCGUCCACCUUCUCCGAUACGCCACCUGCGCUCUCGCCACCGGAUGAGACCUCUCAGAGUCCGUCACCCCCUUACCCGCCAUCUCCAGUCCCCUCUGGCGACUCGCGCGAUCGUGAGUUUUCGUUUUUCGACGCCAAGUCUCAGGACCCGCCAAAAGACUCCAUGCCAGAAGGCUGGCAACCUGCGAGUCCGCACGUCAUGGAUAUUUCUUUACCGCUCCCGACAGAUUCAGUGGAGUGGGCGCCGGCCAUGCUGGACUCCACGGAGUCUAGCCUUGCAGGAACAGAGGGGCUGUCUUCUGACUCGGUGGGAAGUGGAGACAUGACCCUUAUGGAUGUGGAUCCAGACCCUGGAAUGGAUGCGGAGGCGAUUGUGGAUGCCAGCGAGCAGGCCGCGAUUGGCAGGUUAAGCAGUAUGAGUUUGAUGGCGGCUGUCUCGGCCGGAGGAUACCUCGACGAUGAUACCUCGGCUGCAUUUGUCAUCGAGGUCGAACGCGUCGGUCGCGACCCAAUUCCCUGGGUACGCAAGGAAACUUCAUAUGCAUUGGGUGCACUGGCCAAGGUCGUGCCCGUAGAAAUCGUUAUCAUAUCGCUGCUCCCUCUCUUCGAGUCCUUGUGCACGGACUCACAUUGGCACGUCCGGCAUUCGGCCCUGUUCGCGCUUCCCGCUAUUCUCCCUCGUCUUCAGCCCCACCAUCGGCGGACAUUGGCUUUGGACACGCUCCUGCCGCUAGCCCGCGAUGCGUCGCCUUCGGUGAGACUUCGCGUGCUCGAAGCACUCGGCGAGGUGAUGUACACGUUUCGCGAUGACCCUGGCGGCCCGCCGGAUGAACUAUUGCGGCUCUUCAUCGGUUCGGAGGUGCGCCCGCUGAGCCCCGUCGACUGGCAUGAUGGGACGCCGGCGGCUUCCAUCUCGGAGCCCAUGUCGUCGCGACCAUUGCCUUCUCAAGAACAGGACACGGACUGGUACUUUGACGGAUCCGCCCGUGCACUUAUAUGCGCGUUCAAUUACCCCGCGGUCGCGCUCACACUUGGGCGAGGGCGCUGGUCCGAGCUGCGUCCACUGUACUUGCGGCUUGGGCAGGAGCCCGGAGCCAAGGUGCGCACAACUCUCGCGGCGUCGGCCGGCGAGAUGGCACGAAUCUUGGGCCCCGAGAACGCGGCGAGGGACGUUGUGCCGCUGUGGCGCGCCGCAGUUUUCGCGUCGGAGGGCGAAGUCAGGAUGAAGGCGGUCGAGGCGGUCGAGGCGUUGGUGAGGGUGGUGGAUGAGAAGGCUCGAGAAGUUGUGGUAAGGGCUCUGGAUGAGAGCUGGGUUGCGAGGGCCUUGGGCGGAUGGAGAGAGAGGCAAGGUGUGGCCAAGGGCUUGGCGGUGCUCGUUGAAGUGAUCGGGGACUGCGCGAUUGAGGUGGUCAGGUCGUUGGUGCGGAGAGCGCUUGUGGAUGAGGUUGCAGUGGUCAGGGAGGCGGGUGUGAGCGUGGUUCCCUCUAUUCUUCGAGCGCUCGCAAGAUAUCCAGUGGAGCAGCACAAGAUGGGCGCAGAUAUCUGUAGCCUUGCCCAGGCUCCUGUUUUCCGUCGACGAAUGACGUUCGUGGCGUGUUUUCAGAGCAUCAUCACAUCAGAGGGCGGCGAGACGGUACUAGCGGACGAACAGUUCUGGGAGUGUUUCGCCGCGCUAGCGGAUGAUCCCAUCGUCGACGUGCGGAUCGGCGUCGCGAGACUCGUGGGCAUUCUGUACGGCCGGCUUUUCAGUGACGCCCACUCGGCGCCUCCGCGAUUGGAGGCACUAGCUCAACGGCUGCGCGAAGACAGUGCUCGUGAAGUGGUCUCGUACGUGCCCCUACCGGCUCCGGGUGCGCCGGUGCCUGCCGUGGUCGUACCGCUCUCUGCGAGCGUCGACGAGGAGCUCAACGCCAGCAGCUUCGCGACGUUCUCGAGGCCACCACCGGUGCUUGAUGGGAGCGGGAACAGUCACGCAGACCUCGUGUCUCAGAAAACACAGGCGUAAGCGUUGCGAGCGCUUGCGACGGUGGAACGGUGGCGUCGCUUCUGUCUGCCCUGGCGUCCCUGGGAGCAGCCGGAUGGGAGCUCGGCGUUUCCGCGAUUGAACAUACCCGUUGUGUUAGAGGGAGGGGGUUUGGAGAUGCAGGAUGGAUGUGUGACGCUCCGUGGUUUGGCGAUACCACUGACAGGCUGUCUCUCAGACCCGCGGGGACAUACCCGAGCUGGGAUCAGUGAGACGGUGCAGGGCUGGGCAAAUUUGGGACCGCAUCCCACCGCAUCUGACCAUGUUGAUGUGUAUCAUGUUCUUUUGAUGGCGCGGUGGGAUCCGCGGUUCAUUGCCGGGCUUGGUGAUGGGAUGGGCGCCACGGCUGUCGGAGGAGUUCUGAGAUGGGGGGAGGAUUUAUGCGCGAUUCUGAUGCGCGACGUCGUGAAGCAGUACAUAUUCUUAUUAUUCGUCCUCCGUGUUUCGCCUACUUACAUAUCGCAUCUACUAGUUUAUUAUUGACUUUUUGUUUGUUUUUUUGUUUUUUUAUCGUCCUUAUUCACUGCGUGCACCCCUGCAGACGGGGCUCGGA